AUGCCGGGCUCGCCUCUAGUGCAUUGGCUCCGACGCUAUCUACGGUGGGGGCCGAAAGAACGGAAAGAGAAAGACUCAGAUGAUGAAUCAUCGGCAAUAGAAGAUGAGACCGUACCAUUUGGAGAAUUCAACGAGAACUACGAUUCACAAGAGUCCGCGAGGCGAAACAGAAGGAAAAUGAAUAGACUACGUCAAUUUUCGUUGCUCCUGUGGAAAGAUUGGGUGUUGCUUAGAAGAAACAAAGUGUGGACUUUAUUCGAAUUGAUUCUUCCAUGCUUGCUGCUCGGUCCACUAGUUUAUUUAGUUGUAAAGGGCGCUGCUUCGUCAUCAUCUCCAUCGAACACAUACGAUGAAUUCAAAUUGACAGGAACAGUUGAAGAUGUCUUUCUCGAAUACAGCUUCAUUAAGCCCAUCUACAGACGAUGGUGUCUUCGAACGGAUAUUGUUUUGGGAUACACAACAAAAAAUCCAUCUGAUAUGACUGUUGUAAACAAUUUGAUGAACCAAGUGUCGGACCGAUUCCAAAAUGGGAAACUGAAAAUGAGGGUGAAAAGUGAAGAAACCGAGGACCAACUGAUGACAAUUCUCCGAAAUGACCUACCGAAUCAGAAUGAUACUUCUUCUUUUUGUGCUAUCAAUUCAUACAUUGGCGGAGUUAUCUUCGACAGUAUUGACUUGUCACAGAAGAAACUAAAAUACCGAAUCUUGAUUACCAAAGCAAUAGAAGAAGUUUGGCAUUUGACUGAAACGAGUUUCAAUCCGUAUGGACCUCAAUCUGGACGAAGUGGCAGAAUACCAACCAGUCCACCGUAUUGGACCUCUGGAUAUCUUACUCUUCAACAUGCCAUCGAGACAUCAUUCAUUCUAUCGGCUCAACCAGAAUCAUCAGAUCUUCCAUUGAUUUUCCGAGGCCUCCCAGAGCCUGCUUACAAAACUAGUUCCGUCUCGUCAUUCAUUGAAUUCUUCCCGUUUAUUUGGGCAUUCGUCACAUUCAUCAACGUGAUUCACAUCACAAGAGAAAUCGCUGCUGAAAACUUUGCUGUCAAGCCAUACUUGACUGCAAUGGGACUUUCAACAUUCAUGUUCUAUGCGGCACAUGUCGUCAUGGCUUUCAUCAAGUUCUUCAUCAUUUUCCUGUUCUCGAUUAUUCCAUUGGCAUUCGUGAUGGAAUUUGUUACUCCAGCAGCACUCAUUGUCACUGUUCUGAUGUACGGACUUGGUGCAGUUAUAUUCGGAGCAUUUGUGGCGUCGUUCUUCAGCAACACAAAUUCUGCGAUAAAAGCUAUUCUGGUAGCAUGGGGUGCAAUGAUAGCAAUCUCUUAUAAGUUCCGGCCUACACUGGAUCAAAUUCCAACUUGUUUCCUUUACGGUCUCAAUAUCAAUGGAGCAUUUGCAUUGGCUGUUGAAGCGAUAUCAGAUUAUAUGCGAAGAGAAAGAGAACUCAAUCUGUUUAAUAUGUUCAAUGAUUCAUCUUUACACUUUUCCCUUGGAUGGGCACUCGUUAUGAUGAUCGUUGAUAUAUUGUGGAUGUCCGUUGGAGCAUUGAUUGUUGAUCAUAUCAGAACUUCAUCUGAUUUCAGUUUGAGAACAUUGUUCACCCGUGGAGAUGUAUUGGAUGAAUACGAAACUCAAACUGACGGGCAGACUGCCUACAAUACAAGAAUCAACGAACAGGUGAGAAAUAGAGUCCAACGGAGAGAUAUGGAGAUUCAGAUGAACACCAUGGGAACGUCUUCGCUGAACCCGCCGAACGCAGAUUCUGAUGCUCUUCUAGAAGGUUCUACUGAAGUCGACGGUGCCAGAGACACAGCUAGAGCUGAUAUUAGUGUACAUCGACUGGUGAAAAUUUGGCCAACUACUGGAGAGCGAGCUGUGGAUGGGUUGACUUUGAGAGCUGUCCGAGGACAAUGUUCCAUUCUUUUGGGACACAAUGGAGCUGGUAAAAGUACAACGUUUUCGAGUAUUGCUGGAAUCAUUCAACCAACAUAUGGACAUAUUUCUAUAUGCGGUCAUGACGUAGGAAGAGAAGCGAAUGAGACUAGGAGACACAUUGGAAUGUGCCCACAAUACAAUCCAUUGUAUGAUAAAUUGACUGUCUCGGAGCAUCUCCAACUGGUUCAUGGAUUGAAAGGAGCUAGGAAAGCGGAUUUCAAACAGGAGAUGAAACGUCUUCUUGUUGAUGUGAAGCUAGAUUUCAAAGAGAAUGAGAGAGCUAUGAACUUAUCCGGAGGAAUGAAGAGAAAACUUUGUGUUUGUAUGGCUAUGAUUGGUGAUUCUGAAGUUGUUCUUCUCGAUGAACCAACAGCUGGAAUGGAUCCAGGAGCUAGACAAGAUGUUCAAAAGUUGGUUGAAAGAGAGAAAGCAAACAGAACCAUCCUAUUGACCACUCACUAUAUGGAUGAAGCCGAACGUCUAGGAGAUUGGGUAUUCAUUAUGUCCCAUGGAAAACUCGUAGCAUCUGGAACAAAUCAAUAUUUGAAGCAGAAGUUUGGAACCGGAUACCUUUUGACAGUCGUGUUGGAUCAUACUGGUGAAAAGAGGAAAAUGGCUGAAGUCCUAACAAGUGUGUGUUCUCACUUUGUCGAAGGAGCUGAACGAGGAGAAAUGCAUGGACAACAAAUUGAGAUUAUAUUACCAGAAGCCCAGAAGAACUCGUUCGUUCCACUGUUUCAGGCAUUGGAAGCCAUCCAGGAAAGGAACUUCCGCAGUUAUGCAUUGGAAUCGAUUCCUAAUCAACUCAAAUCUCAGCUAGCCACUCUGGUCAUGAAAAGCUUUGGAUUGUCAUUGAACACUCUGGAGCAGGUCUUCAUCACAAUUGGUGACAAAGUAGACAAAGCAAUUGCCAGUCGACAAAAUAGUAGAAUCAGUCAUCAAUCCCGGAACACCAGUGAGCCAUCGUUGAAACCACCAGGUUACGACACACAAUCAAGUACCAAAAGUGCGGACAGUUAUCAGAGACUAAUGGAUAGUCAGGCGAGAGGUGCGGAGAAAACUGGAUUCACAAAAGUCACAGCUCAAUUCGUUGCGAUUCUCCGCAAAAAAUGGCUGUAUUCAAUCAGAAACUGGACACAGCUUUUUGGACAAGUUUUGAUUCCAAUCGUUCUUCUCGGCUUGGUGGCGUCCCUAUCAACUCUGAAAUCUGGGAACACUGAUCAAUAUCGCGAACUAUCGUCGUAUGGAAUUGAACCAUCAAAAGUGGUAUGGAGAUUUGAUGAUACGGUUCCAGAAGAAGCAUCACAUCUGGAGUCUCUAUUGAAGAAAUCUGGAGGUUUCGAUGUCAUAAAAUACAGCAGAAAUACACCAUUGUCAAAUAUUACUAAAAGUCUUAUAGGAGAAAUGCCACCUGCUUCGAUUGGUUCGACAUUUGCGAAGGACAACAGUUCUCUGGAGAAUUUGUUCAAUAUGAGAUACUACCAUGUUCUUCCAACAUUUGUCAGUAUCAUCAAUCGUGCUCGUUUAACAGGAAGCUCAUCUGUUGAUGCUCAAAUUGAUGGAGGAAUUUUCCUGUAUUCGAAAGCGACCUCGGAAAGCACUUUACUUCCAAGCCAAUUGAUUGAUGUCUUGCUCACUCCAAUGCUCAUUCUGAUUUUCGCAAUGGUCACAUCUACAUUUGUCAUGUUCCUGAUUGAAGAACGAACUUGCCAAUUCGCUCAUCAACAGUUCCUAACUGGAAUCUCCCCUGUCACAUUUUAUUCCGCUUCGCUUUUUUACGAUGGAGUACUGUACACCCUGAUCUGUAUCAUUUUCUUAGCAAUGUUCAUAGUUUUCAACUGGAUGUACGCUCAUUUGAGAAUAGUUAUACUGUUCUGGUUCCUGUACUUCUUCUCUUCAGUUCCAUUCAUCUACGCAGUUUCUUUUCUAUUCCAAUCACCUUCCAAAGCUAAUGUCAUGCUGAUUAUCUGGCAAGUUGUGAUUUCGGGAGCAGCUCUUCUCGCUGUUUUUGUUAUUUUCUUCCUAUUCGAUAUCGAAGAAUCGUUGAAAGCGUUCCUAAUGGUAAGAAUUCCAGAAUCUGGUGUUAAGCAUUUUGAAUUUUGUAUUCAGAAUAUCUUCCUGUUCCUUCUUCCAUCUUAUGCUUUCGGAAACGCUAUAAUAACGAUUAAUACCUAUGGUCUCAUCUUCACAAGUGACGAGGAGCUCAUGAGUUGGGAUCGAUGCGGAAAGAAUGCUGUAUUCAUGGCUGUUUUCGGAGCUUUCUCAUUCGCUCUUUUCAUAUUUCUUCAGUUCAAAUGUGUAAGAAGAUUCCUUUCUCAAGUUUGGACUCUUCGUAGAUCUGCAAAUAACAAUGUGCAGCCAAUGAUGGGAGAUCUUCCGGUUUGCACUAGUGUGGAGGAAGAGAGGCAUAGAGUUCACAAUGCUAACCCACAGAAUUUGGCUUUGGCAGUGAAGGAUUUGACAAAGACAUUUGGAAGAUUUACGGCUGUCAAUGAAUUGUGCCUCGCCGUCGAUCAGAAGGAAUGCUUUGGGCUUCUUGGAGUGAAUGGUGCGGGAAAAACGACUACAUUCAAUAUACUGACUGGGCAAUCGUUUGCAACAAGUGGAGAAGCAACUAUCGGUGGAAGAGAUGUUACUGAGUAUAUAGCGAUUGGCUACUGUCCACAAUUCGAUGCAUUGAUGCUUGAUUUGACAGGAAGAGAAUGUUUGGAAAUUCUGGCUCAAAUGCAUGGAUUCGAGAAGUAUAAAGACAAGGCUGAGCUAAUUUUAGAAUGUGUUGGAAUGCAAGCGCAUGCCGAUAAACUAGUCAGAUUCUACAGUGGUGGUCAGAAGAGAAAAAUAUCCGUAGGAGUUGCUCUUUUGGCACCAACUCAGAUGAUUAUUCUCGAUGAACCAACUGCUGGAAUUGACCCCAAAGCCAGACGCGAAGUAUGGGAAUUGUUAUUGUGGUGCAGAGAACAUUCCAACAGUGCCCUUAUGUUAACAUCUCAUUCGAUGGAUGAAUGCGAAGCAUUGUGCUCCAGAAUUGCGGUUCUAAAUCGAGGAUCAUUGAUUGCUAUCGGAUCCAGUCAAGAGCUUAAGUCGUUGUACGGAAACAACUACACAAUGACUCUAACGUUGUAUGAACCAGCUCAAAGAGAUGUGAUCGUACAGCUUGUCGCUGCCAGACUUCCAAAUUCUGUUCUCAAAACAACCUCAACAAACAAAACAUUGAAUCUCAAGUGGCAGAUUCCAAAAGAGAAAGACGAUUGUUGGUCGGAAAAGUUUGAAAUGGUGCAGAGAUUGGCAAAAGAUCUCGGAGUUAAAGAUUUCAUACUAGCUCAAUCAUCUCUGGAAGAGACUUUCCUCCGCCUCGCUGGGUUGGAUGACGACCAAUUAGACACUCAUUCAACUGUUAAUAUAACGCAUUCCACACAUGUUUAG